AUGUGGCACUUCCCUGCUCUGCUCUUCCUCUUCCUCCCAGGCUGCUGCACUGCUCAGGAUCCAGUCACAGGUCCAGAGGAGGUGAGCGGUCAGGAGAAGGGCUCCUUGACAGUGAAGUGCCGAUAUGCCUCAGGCUGGAAUGAUUACAACAAGUACUGGUGCCAAGGAGAUUAUUGGAAAACAUGUGAGAUUCUUGUUGAAACCGAUGGAUCAGAGCGGUUGGAGAAGAAGAACCGUGUGUCCAUCAGGGAUGACCAGAGAGGCUGCAUCUUCACAGUGACCAUGAAGGAUCUGAGGAUGAGUGAUGCUGGCAUUUACUGGUGUGGAAUUACAAAAGCUGGAAAUGAUCACAUGUUUCAAGUUAGUGUGAAGAUUGUCCCAGAAAUUUCAACUACAGUACUGACGACUGUACACACAUUUCUGAAGUUCACACCAACCAUGGAGGACACUGGCAUGGAGAACAUUGGUAAGGAACAAGUGACUCAGAGGACACCGAGAUAUCAAAUAUCUACUGAGAUAGAGGGUGAGGCGGGGAAGCCUUGUCUCCUAGCCCCCAUUUGUGUCUGA